AUGGCCGAAGGAGCCGCCACGCAGCAGGACAUCGUCGCGGCCAUGCGCGUGCACACGAAGAAGUGCAUCGACGGGAUCCAGGACCGUCACCUCGCCCAGCUCCGCGAGAUCAAGAAGGUCGUCAGCCAGGACCAGGAAAAUUUCAUCAACGCGUACAAAGCGCAGCGCGCGCUGACCGAGACGGCCACGACGAAGGCCGUGGCCGCCGAGGCCCACAUCGUCGAGCUCACGGCCAAGUGCGAUGGCCUCGUGGCCGCGAACGACAACGUGGGAGCGCAGCUGGCUGCGUUGCAGUUGACCGCGGACGAGCUCCGAGCGGACGCCGACUGCUUGCAGAGCCAGCUGCAAGCGUCAGAGCAGCACGUGCGCGAUCUCUCGGUGCGCGAGACAGGCGUUGUCAACGCCAACACGGCGCUGCAGUCAAAGAUCGGUACGCUCCAAGUGCAGCUCCGCACUGCGGUAAGCGAGUCCAACGAGUACAAGAAGCGACACGACGAGCUCGCGCUGACGUGCAAGGGUCACGAGGACAUCAGCACACAGCAGAAGAGCGACCUGGUUGCGUCGAACGUCCGUCUCAAGAUUGCGACCGCGGAAGUGCAAGCCAGCAGCGAAAAGCUGAAAGCGCUCGCCGCCGAGAAGGACGGUGUGAUCGCACGCCUGCAGAACGAGCUCGCUGCGUCCAAGGCAGACGCCGAGCGGGCCAUUACAGAAGCUAUGCGCAAGCACCAGAGCGAGCUCGCCGCUGCAUUGAUGGAGCUGGAAGAGGUGCGCACGCCCCUUGCCGCCAACGUUGCAGCAGCCGAAGCAAGUACGAGCCUCUCUGACCUCUUGUUUGUCGAUGGUGACCACUUUGCGGCAGACCUGCAACGACUUGAAGACGACCUCGCGACGUCCAAGGCCGAGCUCGCCGAGGCAGCGGCGGCGGCGGCUGCCAGCAAGGCGACGAUUGACGUGCUGUCAACGGAGAAGCUCGCGCUCGCAGCGACUGUCCAGGAACAGAAAGACGGACUCGCUGCAAUGACCUUGCAGCUACGCGAGUCGGUCCAGCGCACGGACGCCAGUACGCAGCAGAUCGCGGCGCUCUUCAACGAGAAGAAGCGCCUCGCGUCGGUUCUCAAACGACUUGACGAGGCCCUCGCGACGUCCAAGGCCGAGCUCGCCGAGGCGGCGGCUGCCAGCAAGGUGACGAUCGAGGCGCUGUCAACGGAGAAGCUCGCGCUUGCUGCGACACUCCAGGACAAGACCAAAGCCCUUGCUGCCAUGACGGUGCAGCUUGACAAAGCCAUGGCAUGCAUCGACGCCGACAAGGAGCAGAUCGAGUCGCUCUUUGACGAAAAGAGUCGUCUCACGUCGGCUCUCGUGGUGCACGAAGCCGCGAUCGAGGCGUUCAACGCCGAGCGCGAUGCAACCAAGGCGGAGCUCGAGCAAACCAAGGCCGAGUCGCAGCAGCGCGCCGACACCAGCAUCAACAUGUGCCGCAAUUUCGAAUCCGAGAAGGACGAAUGGCACUUGAGGAUCGCGCAGCUCUCGACAGACCUGAGCGAUGCCAAAGAGCAGCAAAUGGAGGCACUCCGCGGCGAGGCAAGCCGCCUCACGUCAUUGGUCGCGCAACAAGAGGCGGCGAUCGCUGCGGCCACGUCGGAACUCGCCGAUGCAGUGACCGCCAGCCAAUUGGCGCUCGAGGCAGCACACCAAGAGAAAACAGACGCGCUGGCCGCAAUGACGUUGCAGCUGCGCGACGCGGCGGACGACAAGCAGCAGCAGAUCAAGGUGCUUCUUGCUGAGAAGGACCAUCUCACGGCAGUGAUCCAGCUGCACGACGCUGCGUCCACGGCCGAGCUCGACGAAAUGAGAACGCAGUGGGAAGACCUCUGUGCGACGAAGGAUGCUACUGUCCGGCAGCUCCACGCCGACCUUGACGUCUCCACCACAGCGUUGACGCUCGCGCAAGUCGCCGCCACCGCCAGUGCACAGCAGAUCAAUGCGCUCGCGGCCGCCAACCGUCGCCUCCAACAGGCCUAUGGGCAGCUGGCGACAGAAUUGGCCACGACCAAGGCGGCAGCCAAGCAAGCCCAGGCGAACCUCGACUACGCGACCGCCACCUGCGCCAUGCGCAUGGAAGAGGCGGACGCACGCCAGGCCCGUCUGCUCGCGACCAUCGAAAUGCUGCAAGCGCGCGUUCCCAACCAAGCGCCCAUGGUCUGUGACCAGUGCGCUCGCUUAAAGGCCUUGCUCGAGCAGUCGUCGACGGUGAUUGCGAGCUUGCGGGCCGAUCGGGCCGCGGCCCUGGACCAGGCCAAGCCAGAUGCCGAUAUCGUCCGAGCCUUUUUUGCGCGCGUCGACGCAGUGUUUCCGAUCCUCCACUCCAACGCGAUCGAGCCGCUCAUCCAAGGCAUGUACCAAGGCGACACGCGCGUCUUUGAGGCCACGGACGGCUUCACGGUCUUUCCGCGCUGCUUAUUGGAAUGA